AUGAGUGUCAUGUUUCAACGCAGAAUAGACGCGCGUUCGGCUGAUCAGCUUUCAAAAGAACAAAUACAAGAAUACAAAGACUCCUUUGCUCUUUUCGAUAAGGAUAAUAAUGGAUCGAUUGAUGCACGUGAAUUGGGCGCUGUGAUGGAAAGCUUGGAUAUCCAUCCCACCAACUCUGAGCUUAAGGAUAUGAUCAACGAAGUGGACAAGGACGGCAAUGGAACCAUCGAUUUCAACGAGUUCCUCACCAUGCUGGCAAAGCGAGGACAGCAAGAUCCCAAUUCACAAAACGAUGAAUUGGUCGAAGCCUUUCGUGUCUUUGACAAGGAUGGUGAUGGUUUCAUUUCGAUCGAUGAGUUGCGUCAAGUCAUGGCAUCUUUUGGUGAAAAGCUAUCAUCUCAAGAGUUGGACCAAAUGAUUCAAGAAGCUGAUGCUGACGGUGACGGGAAGAUCAACUAUGGGGAAUUCACAAAGAUGUUGUUUAAUUCAUAA